AUGUUUUAUUUUAUGUUAAUUUUGGUUCUUUUUCAAAUAUCCUGUGUUUCCAGUGAACGAAAACUGCGAAUACCUCCAAUGACAAAGUACUUAAUCGAAAAUGACGUCUGCUAUGUUCCAUAUUUUGAUCCUUGGUCUUUGCAAUCAAACUACAAAAAUCAAUCGGGUUUCAUUAAUUUUUGCCCAGAAAUUGAACCCUUGGUAUAUUUUGAAAGAACAAACUUAAAAAUAAACGUUUACAUCAAAGAUUUCUUGCUAGAAAAUUCGAUGGAACUUGAAUGUUGUCUGAGCAACAUAACGAGAAAUAUGUCUAAAUCAAUUCCGGAUAAUUCCUUUAGCGAAUCUAGUUGUGAGGUUUUUGAGAAUUCAACAGAAAUAAAAAACGAUGUAAUUCGAACGAUUUGUUAUAAGAACGAUACGAAGAAAAAACUUUACGAGGAUAUUCAUGGAUUUUUUAUAGAUACAAACUUAAAUCGAACCGACGAAGAGGUAUCCUCUCCUCUGAUUGGUUACAACGUUUUAAUAAUUUUAGUGGAUAGUUUGUCGCAAAAUAACUUUUUAAGACACUUACAAAAUACCCAUCGCUUUUUAAUAAACAGUGGUUAUGUAAAUUUAAAUAUUUUUAAUCAAGUGGGCAAAGAUAAUUUUCAAAAUAUACUUCCACUUCUAACGGGAUUUUCGCAUAGAUUUGCACGAAUGAAAUUCGGUAAUCCAUCAAAAAAAUUCUUUGACGAUUAUCCAUUUGUGUGGAAUGAUUUCGAAAAAAAUGGAUAUGUAACAGCAUUUGCUCAAGAUUACUCCGAAAAGCAUUUUUUUAAUGAAAAGUGUUUAGGUUUUUUUGAGCAGCCGACAACUUAUUACUUUAGAAGUUACAUAAUGAGUUCGAAUCGAUUGAAUACAACAUAUUUGAACAAUAUGCCUAAUUGCACAGCUUCCUUUUCGGCAUCGGAAAGAAUUUUAAAUUUAAUAUUAGAAUUUGUUAAAACUUUUCUCAAAAGAAACUAUUUCGGAACAUUUUGUUUGAGCUCAUUUACUAAAUACGAUUUUAACGCUCCAGGAAGAAUGGAUGAAAUUCUUUUAGAAUUUUUCAAAAUGCUUCAGAAUCUUUUAGAAGAUACAUUUAUUUUCUUUUUAGGCACAAAUGGUUAUUUUAAUGAUAACGUUUCGAAAAAUAUUUACGGCUGGUUCGAAAGUAGAACUCCGUUCGCAUACGUUUACGUUCCGGUAGUUUUUCGAACAAUUUAUCCAGAACAAUACAAUUCGUUAUUAAGCAAUCGAGAAAAAUUGAUCUCACCUUAUGAUAUUUAUGUUACUCUUCAGGAUAUUUUGGAAAAAUCCCGCAAUGGUUACAUCUCGAAGCCGGCAAGAUCUUGUCGAAAUUGUAACUCAAUUUUUCGAGAACAUUCUCAUUACCGAACUUGCAAAGAAGCAGGAAUCGAUAAAUAUUGGUGCACAUGUUUAAACAAAAAGUUUGAACAAUUUCAAAAUGGAAAUGAAAGUAAUACGUAUUAUGUGGAUUUGUAAAUUAUAGCGUUUAUUAAUAAAACGACAAUCUUCGUU